CCACAAUAUUAGACCAGCCAAUUUCCAAAGUACCACCAUUUCUCUCAGUUCUUUGAUUCCAUUCCACCAUGACAAUGAUGAGCACUACUACUACUACCAGCAAAACCACCAAGAAGCGUGUUACCUUUUCCGCAGUGGCAGCAGACAGCAUUCGCCACUUUGAAUCUGAGAACACGGAACUUUCCAGCCAACUCUUCUAUCAACCACAAGACUACAUUCACUUUCGUGCUGAUGCUCGACUUGAAAAGGCCCGACAACGGCAGAACCGAAAGAAGGAAAUGCUCCUUCGAAAUCAAGCAAGACGCAUCUCCCACUUCCACAUGAACAAGCUCUCCAGGACAGCAAUGCCACUUCCACUUCCAGAACGACCGAGCCCCUCGUUUCAACCAGCUGUCAAGCCACGAGGCUGUGCCCUCAUGGCAUAAGCAUGCACAAUAGCUAGCUAUAGCUACAGCUACAAACUCAACCUCCUACAGCAGCAACUCCUCAUAAACUAACUUAUGCAUAUAGAUGACUCAUUCAGUUUUGCUACCA